UACACUUGUCCAUGAUAAUAAAUGCAGUAUUAAGUGACACGCGUGAAUUGUCAAAUGCAUAGACAUUUAGUCAAUUAACCUUUAAAUAAAAUUUAUUUCUUAAAUGUUUAGUAUAUGUCUAAAGUUUUGGUGAUCGCGUAUUAUUAACUGUACCUUGUAAAAUAAUAAUUUUUUUGUUUAUUUAUUUAGUAUUAAAAUACGGAAAUUUAAUUGGCUCAAUUUAUGUUUUUAUUUACAAAUAAACUGUGAAUGAAUUAACGCGAACAUAAAUAAUCAGUAAAAUGACUCUCAGUUAUUUUUGUUUGACUGUUUUGACUAUAUUUGUGAAAGAUAAUAAAUUAAUAAUGAUUGUAAAAUAACAAUAGAAAUUAUAAACUCUGUAGCAAAAUGAAAAACAACUAAAAAUAGUUAUAAAUUUUUGUGAAAUUAAUUUUGUCUUUUAGAUCAAUUAAGUGAGUGUGAGGCAUUAUUGUGGUUUCAAACAAAAGAUCAUUGAAAUGUAUCUGGAUUGGUUGACCUUGGUGAUACUGGCAUUUUCAGUGAUUCAAAAUUCUCAUUCAGAAGUUUUACAAUGCAAAGUGCCGAAUAAUUUUUCUAUUGAAUUGAGCCCGGGAAUGAGAACAAAUUACUUUGAUACAAAUCUUCAAGUAUCAAUUGAUUUGAAUUUGAUUGAAUUUCAUUCAUUCAACAAUUCAAAUGUCGUUCAUAUAAAGGCUAAAAAUGUUGCCGUGGGAUUCAAAGGUCAGGCAAUUAAUGAAAUAACGAUUGACAGUAUUAAUACUGUUGAAUCAGGUGCUGAAAAAGUUAGCCACAGUUUUUUAGAUCAAAUAAGUGGUAUUGCCAAAAGACUACCUGUCAAUGAAACAUCAUCUAUGAUUUACGACUGCAGAUUAGUUUUGUUUCCUUCUUCAAUAGAUUCUUUUUCAGGAAAAAUUUCAAAUGAUAUUCGACGAGUUACUGAGUCGUGUAUUGAAAAUGUUAUUUGUGCGAGAUUUGCCAGAUUAGAACGAUGGAAAUUUAUUGAAAGUUAUGAAAAUUCAAUAAUUAUACCACUGCCUGCAGCUAAAAAUGUCCUUGACAAUGUUGUAGACAGAGACGUUGUUGUUCCAACAAAUAUUGGAUCAUUCCAGAGUAUCAUCAAUAAAAUAACUGAUAUUGCACUGGCAGAGGUUGUUGCAACACUUAAACAAGACGACAAUGGUAUGAUUGGUAUACCCGAUGUCGAAGAAGAUUUUUCAACUGGCAAAGGCAUUUUAAAAACAAAUGGAAAAAUAAAUGCUUAUGAAGGAAAAUUUGGAAACUUAGCAACCCUCAAAAGAAUCGCUGAUGUUGUUUUAUCAAGCAAAGGGUAUAGAUACGAGGGAACUUGUGCAUUUGCUUUGGCUGUUACCAAAUUAUUUUACAAACAAUAUAAAUUAAAAUAUGGAAUGAUAAAGUUAGAUGGACAUAUUGACGCAGCUAUUGAUGGAAUUAGUUUGGGCACGAGUGUGUCAAUUGAUUAUACACAAACUCCAUGUAUUGCAACUGUCCAGAAAAUGGAAGUGAUACAAUUUGGAAAAAUUAAAGUUGACAUAAGUGGACUUGGACCUCUUAAUUCUAUGGCUGGAAGUAUAUUUGGUUGGAUUGGUGAAGAAUGGAAAAAAGAUAUUACUAAUGUAAUUGAAACAAAAUUAACAUCAGCUAUACAACAACAGUUGGAUGUGUUGAACUGUGAAAGAUUUAGACCAUAAAUUUUUGUAUUUAAAAUAAGAUAAAUUAAAUUUUUAAUAAAUCAAUUUUCAUCCUA